AAAGCGUCCGUUUCCAGAAUCCCAUCGCGAACUGCUCGACCGAUCGAUUCUUUUCCCCUUCCACCACCUUCGAACCCCCUGUCACAUUCCUUCCUCUCUCUCCAAGGCUCCAACUCCCAAUUCCCCUCUCCGUCUCCCUGCAAACUCUUCGGCUUCGUCGAUCCCCGGCCGUCUCGGCGUCUCCUGCAACCCCUCCAUGGCCGGCAAAGCUGCAGACACCGGGAGCAGCAGCGACGGCGGCGCCACCACGGGGCAGUCCUCCUCCUCCAUGGCGGACGUGUACAAGGGCGAGCUCACGCCGCUGCAGCGCCACGCCGCCUUCUUCGACCGCGACAAGGACGGCGUCAUCCACCCCUCCGAGACGUACAAAGGGUGCCGCGCGAUCGGAUGCGGGGUGGCGCUCUCGGCCGCCAGCGCCGUCUUCGUCAACGCCGCACUUGGGCCCAACACCAAACCGGAGAACCAGAAGACUCCGCCUUUCAAGUUCCCCAUUUAUGUGAAGAACAUUCACAAGGGCAAGCAUGGAAGCGAUUCAGGCGUGUAUGAUGCCAAUGGAAGAUUUGUUUCUGAAAAAUUUGAGGAGAUAUUCAAGAAGUAUGCCCACACCAAACCUGAUGCUCUCACGGGAAAAGAGCUGCAGGAGAUGCUCCAAGCAAACAGGGAACCCAAAGACUUCAAAGGAUGGCUGGGUGGCUUCACGGAGUGGAAGGUGCUGUAUUCUCUGUGCAAAGACAAGGACGGGUUUCUCCACAAGGAUACUGUCAGGGCGGUCUAUGAUGGCAGCCUGUUUGAAAGGUUGGAGCAAGAGAGGAAGGCUAAGAAGGAAUCGAGAAAGAAGAAGUGAUAAGAACAUCACAAACACUCUGUUGUGUGGACGAAUUUGUAAAUUGUGGUGUGAAUGUGGGUCAGUGAAUUAUAACGGUAGUUUGAUUGGUUCUGUAUGUUUGUCAAUUCAUGUUUUCUGUAAGAACAUUUAUGUAAAGAAACUGCAAGUACUUGUGGGGUUAAAUUGAGUGAGAUAAUUCAUAGUUGUA